UUUCACACAAUCCAAAUCCAUUUCCAUUUCCAUUUUAGAGAGAGAGAGAGAGAGAGAGAGAGAGAGAAAUGUCGCAGAGCAGCUUGUCGCCGUCGUCCGCCGCCGAGAUCAUGCUGUUUGGAGUUAGAGUGAGAGUUGAUCCGAUGAGGAAGAGCGUCAGUAUGAAUAAUCUGUCUGAGUACGAGCCGGUUGUGAGCGAGGCGCCCAAGGAUGUGGCGGAUGCCGCCUCCGGCUACGCCUCCGCCGAUGACGCCGUGCCGCAGCGUGCCGGCAGGAAUCGCGAUCGUAAGCGAGGAAUUCCGUGGACGGAGGAUGAACACAAGCUAUUCCUCCUUGGAUUGGCCAAGGUUGGAAGGGGAGACUGGAGAGGAAUCUCGCGAAACUACGUCAAGAGCCGCACUCCAACUCAAGUUGCGAGUCACGCUCAGAAAUACUUCCUCCGCCGGAGCAACAGCAAUCGCCGCCGCCGCCGCUCUAGCCUCUUCGACAUCACCACCGACUCGGUUUCUCAAAUGCCAAUUCAAGAGGCCAAGAACCACCACCACGGCCUAGCGAGCCAGUUUCCUGCCAAGGGCGGCAAUGGAUUCCCAGUCAUGCCGUUCCCUGUGACAGUUGCUGCCCCCGUCGUGUACCCGGGGAGCGCAGCCAUUGCUCAAACUGCGCGGGCCAGAAUCUCAUCACCUGCAAUGCUGGCGCCUUGGUCCUCGGCGAUGCUGGAUCUCAGUUUGAGGCAGCGUGCCUCGUUCGAGCCACAGCCUCUGUCUCUGCGGUUGUCUCUCUCCUCGGGCCAGGAUCAGCGAUCUGCCUCCGCCUUCCAGAUGAGGCAGAGCAUCAAGAUGGAGAUAGCAGCAUAAGUAAGGUUGCUUGGGUUUUUUUCUCAUACAUUGGGAAAAAUAAAACAUGCUGAAAAACAGCAUCAGUAAAUGGGAGUAGGGAAAAAAGGUUAAAUCAAGAAAGUAUUAGAGAGGAAUAGGCAAAAUUAGAUGGCUUAGAAAUUGUUCUUGUUUGCAUUUGUACGGACCAGUUAACAUUAUGCCAUGCUUUGUUGUACUCUUAAUGUUUUUUUGAUGCUUUUGCUUCUUGUUUUUAUCACCUUUUGAAAAUAAAUAGCUUACAUUGUUAA